AAAAGGUGCCGAAAGAAAAACGGAGAAAUAUAAAUUUGAUUUUGAAAUUUAAUUCUUCAAAUUCUCGAUUUCUGAUAACACGCGCUGCUAAAAACUGCCGUACCAUUCGCGCCCACUAAAUAUCGUGUAUUCCCGGUCGACGGGCGGACUCUGGCCAUUGUGGAACGUUGUGAGUUUUGCAAAAUAAAUACGCGUCUUAUUGGUCCGGAAGCAAACUGUUCGAGGGAACAUCGAUCUAGCUCCGAAAAGUGCUUGUGGCUGAAGUUGAAAACGGAUUCUUCGGUGACGACUGGAACGCCCCAGGACCCUACGGUAGAUACCUACGGCGAUUAAAGUGAUUUGGGGAAAGAGAUUCGAUCCGCGCCAACUGUUCGAUAAUACAUUGAUUAACUAAACAUGGACGAAUUGAAGCACAAUAUCGAAGAUUCCGACGAUCUGGUGGAAUACACGAUGGAGUAUGAGGAAGUGGACGAGCUGGAAGAACAUGAAGAGCUGAUUUUAACUGGCGAUGAUGAGUAUGAGGAGCAUCUCGAUGAAAUUGAAACAAUCGAAACAAUCGAAAUGAUUGGUUGCGAUGGAGAGGAAUACGAGGAACAAUUACUCGAGGAAAAAGAUGGCAAUUCUGACUCAGAUGGAGAGGUUGUACCAUCGGUUUCUGCAAACGUACAAGGGGUAAGAAAAUUUACGCUUCAAUCGUCAGGACGGAGCCCUGUUACUACUUUGGAUAGUGUUGUGGUGAUACGGCCACAACCAUCGCAAGUUGCGUCUACCGGUGGUAGCGCCAUCAAAUUGCUAAACAACUCUCAGACAAAUCAGAGGCCGGCUACUCAAACACUGUCCUACCGUCUGGUCAAAUCCGACGGGUCAGUGAUAAUGAAAUCAAACGAAUCUUUGAAACGAUCGAUCGCCGUUAGCAGCCCUAGCGUACAACCUCCCACUAAAGUGUUGCUUAACGCGAAUGCUCGCGUCGUACAGAUACAGUCCAAGAGUGGAUCAGCGUCUCCAGUAGUGCCAAAAAACGUUACCCUGGCCAAAUCGUCUCCCCAUAUUACAGGCGCAGGGAGCACGACUAAAACGAUUACUAUGAAAUCCCUCCCGGGAAGCACGAUGAAAAUGGUUUCUCAAGUUGUUCCAUGUGUGUCUGGACAAAUCCCAGAAGGCUCACUGCGCGUGACGAAGGCGAACAUUUCCACCCAACCGAUAGCUACGCGGGUUCUUAAUAGCCACGCCAACCAAGCUAGUGCUGAUUCUCCUAAAAUUAUUUUAAACACAGCAAAUGCUUCUGCUUUGGCUGGCAAAAAGGCACAACUACAAUCCGUUAAUCUGUCCGGUGUGAAACCUGUACAGUAUUUGCGCGUAAUGAAGCCAGCGCAAAAUAGAACUGACUCGGCGGCUGAUACGGCAGCACUGCCAACAAAGAUAGUGGUGCAAACGACAAAUAAACAGAACACCGUCUCGGCGAUCGGACAGGUUCGUUCCGUAGGAAGUCUCACUACAAAAUCGCCGGCUGGAGCUGUAACAAUUCCCUCGAAGAUUUUCUUGCAAAACAAUAAGACCUACGUGGUCCGCAAUGGUGAAAUUCAAGCAACGAGUAGCACUACAGCUACACCUACAUCUUCAACUGGGAAGCCUCCUUUGCCUACACAGCGCAGAAUCAUCAUUAGCGGCAAUAAUUUACAAACCCAGAAUAAGAUAAAUGUAGUUGGGGGAUCACGUUCUUUAGUAAUCAAAACAGAAGAUAUGAAACCGAUCGAUUCAAAGCAAAUUCGAACGGUUCUUGGAAAAUCCCCUAUGCUCCCGAAAGCAGGCGGUUCAGCGUCUAAAGAGACGAUCGUGAAAGAGAUUGUUAGCUAUGAAGACGAGGAAGACGAUUUCGACCAAAAACCGUUUACUGAAACGAAAAUCCUGUCUUCAAUUAAAGAGGACUAUGAUGAGUCGGGCGAUAUAGAGGCAUCAGCUGCACAUUCGAUCACGUCCAUGUCUUAUAGUUAUGCUGAAGAAGGCUAUAAAAAGCGACCGUGCAAUUGUACUAAAUCCCAAUGCUUAAAAUUAUACUGCGAUUGCUUUGCAAAUGGCGAGUUUUGCUACAACUGCAACUGUAAGGACUGCCACAACACGCAGAAGGACGACUAUGCACGUCAGAAAGCCAUCCGUUGCACACUCGAACGUAAUCCGAAUGCUUUCAAACCAAAAAUUGGCUCGAUUGGACCAUCCGAUGUUGCCACGCGUUUACACACAAAGGGGUGCAACUGUAAGCGAUCCGGUUGCCUAAAGAACUACUGCGAGUGUUACGAGGCAAAAAUUCCUUGCUCCAGCAACUGCAAAUGCAUUGGAUGCCGCAACACCGAUCAAUUCGUACAAGAGUUUCACUAUUUUGGAGUUGCCGAUGGCUCAGGUAAAUCGCUGGAGGAUGGUGUUGCGCCUAAGUUAUCCCCUGGAUUGUAUGGGCGCGAUAUGCAAAGACAUUUGUCACAGGCGUUAUCGACAGGUGAUACAAAACUGAUGGUUUAUGAUGCGGCGAACGCGAACCAAUUGUCGCUCAACACUGAUAUGUCGAAGCUACCUCUAAACAAGCAACCACACAACUUCAUGACACCAGACGUGAUCGAGGCAACGCUGCAAUGCAUGAUCGCUCAGGCGGAUGAAUGCCAAAAACGCGGCUGCAGCAUACGCACCUCUGAGCGUAUGAUACUGCAGGAGUUCGGGCGCUGUUUAGUGGAAAUCAUGGAGUUCGCCUCGAAAUCCGACAACGAUCUAACCGCCCGUGCGUCUCAACCGGAAGAGAUCUAACAAAUCAAUUCAGGCAUCAAGUGUAAUACAUCCGAAGUAGCUUAGCUACUAAAUUAGGCGAAAAGGCAGCCUUCGCUUUCUUCUUGGUUUUCAUAGUGUAAUGUAAGUUUAGAAGGUGACAACAAUGUAUAACUAGAUUAAUGCACAUCUCUUAUGCCCAUGUCCAUGCGUAUGAAGGUACCGUUUGAAUAUCCUUUCGCUACCUAGCAUUCGUUGUUUAGCAAACAAAUAGAAAAGCACUUUGGUAUGAAUAUGUUUCAACACCCUGAAGGUCCGAAACGAUUCUACCAAUUCUAACGAUUUGAUAGUAAUCAUUUUCAAUUUAUUAUCAUUAAUUAAGGGACGAAUUGUAUAUUUCUAGUAACACAAUCAGAAAAAUAAAACUGUUCAUGUAUAAUUUUAGAUUCAUCCAUUGAAUCAUAUUCUAGUUUGAUUCAUAGAUAAGUAAUGUAAAAAGGCUAAGAAUGCGAAUGAAUCAUUCUUUUAUAAGCAUUCUUAUAAGCACAUAUAAACAGGAUAUAACUACACAAUAAAAAAACGUUUGUUUAAUAAU